CUGGCUUCCCAAUGUUGACCACGUUGACCCUGCGAAGUUGCCCUUUGGGUACUGCCCGUGGUCUCACUCUUACUAACUUUCCUUGCUUGAAAAAUUUGUCCAUGAAUUUCUGCUAUCGGACAGAGGGUUCCGGAAUGGGGAGCAAGUUGAAGAUACAUGGCCCCCAAUUGCUCAGCUUGAAACUGGAGCUGAUGGCGUACUACGAGAUUGAGAUAUACGCGCCGGAGCUCGAAACUUUCACUCUCUGUGAAAAGGUGACGACUGGCACAGCUGGCAAUGGGUUCUUCGAUUCAGCCCCCAUUCCUGAACUGGAUCGUGCAGAUAUCGAGUUGAAGACGCCGGACCCGGGCAUGAAGCGUUUGAUAGACAAGACAGUCGCGGGUGAGUAUUUGAGAUCCUUGUUCCAAUAUGUGCAGAGCGCGAAAAUUUUGAAGCUGCGCAGCUCUAGUACUGUUGUGAUACUGAACUAUAUGCGUGAUGAGAUUCUGGAGCAACAUCCAUCUCCUUUUAAGAGGAUGGAGUCCUUGAUUCUGCCGGACAACAAAUUACACGACAAAGUCAUCAAUUACUUCUUUCAAGCGUCUUCUUGUAAGGAACCAAACAUUUUCGUUGGAGAUGCGCAUGCCGCAUGGUCGUCGAUUGAUACAGUACAUUGAUUUAGAAUAGAGUGAAAAUUGCAAU